AUGAAGAAGAAGAAAAAGAAACCCAAAGCGGUGUCUUUUAAUGAGUCUGGUGAUCUCGAUGAGUCUACACCCAAGGAGGAGUCUGCUGACCCGGCUGUUGACGAGUUGACCGACAUGUUUGCGAACCUGAAGAAGAAGAAGAAGAAACCUGCUGCGACCUCAGAGGAGAGCUCGCCAGCGCCGGAAGGCGCCGAGGACGAGAACGUCGAGGACUUUGAUUUCAGCGCCAAGAAGAAGAAAAAGAAGAAACCGGCUGUCGACGUUUCCGAGUUUGAGCAACAACUGGAAGAGGCCGGUGUUGUCGAGACCGGGGAGGACGACGACACGUUUACAAAGGAAGGCGAGGAGGGUGCCGAGGACGGCGAGGAGGAGGAGGCAAGCUGGUUGAACAGUGACCGCGAGUAUACAUACGAGGAGCUGCUACACCGGUUCUUCAAGAUCCUGCGCACCAACAACCCCGAGCUUGCGGGCGAGAGAGGACAGCGGUACAAGAUUCCACCACCGAGCGUCAUGCGCGAAGGUAACAAGAAGACGAUUUUCGCGAAUCUCAAGGACAUUUCAGACCGCAUGCAUAGACCGUACGAGCACGUCAUGCAGUUCUUGUUUGCUGAGUUGGGUACCUCUGGUUCAGUCGACGGUAACGCCCGGCUGGUCAUCAAGGGUCGUUUCCAGCAGAAGCAGCUGGAGAACGUUUUGCGACGAUAUAUCAUGGAAUACGUUACCUGCAAGACCUGCAAGUCCAUCAGCACCCAUCUGUCCAAAGAAAACCGUCUUUACUUUUUGGUCUGCGAGUCGUGCGGUAGCCGAAGAUCCGUCAGCGGUAUCAAGACCGGUUUCCAGGCCCAUAUCGGAAAGAGAAAGAGACUGCCUGGUUAA